AUGUUCGAAACUGGGUUCCACAGCGUCAUAAAACGGGCAGUUGUAAUCGGAAAUGGAUUCGCAGGCGCAGAGAAUCAAUGCAUCGGCCUUCUUCGCGCUCUUGGCCUCUCCUCUCGCUAUUCUUUAUACCGGGUUAUAAGGCCAAGAGGGGCAAUUAAUGAGUGGUUGCAUUGGCUGCCAGUUUCUGUGCACAAUAAAGUGGACAAUGUUAUAGGGAAAAUCUAUGGUGAUUCGAGGUUCAUUCAAGCAAAGAAAGUGAUGCCUGUUUUGGGUGAAAAUUGUGGGAAUAAUGCAGGGUUGUUAGAUGUAUUUGAAGCUGAUGCAAAUCAGAUAGCCAAAAUGGCCCGUGAUACAUUUGAUAGGGAUGGUCCAUUAUUGGUGGUUGCGUCCGGCAGGGACACUAUUUCUGUUGCUAGCUCUAUAAGACAGUUAGCUCCAGAGAAUGUUUUUGUGGUUCAGAUACAACAUCCAAGAUUGAAUCUGAAUAGGUUCGAUUUGGUGAUUACCCCUCGUCAUGAUUAUUAUCCAUUGACUCCUGAAGCUCAGGAGCAAAUACCCUGGUUUCUUCGCAGUUGGAUAACUCCACGUGAGCCUCCAGACAGCAAUGUGGUUCUCACUGUCGGAGCUCUUCACCAGGCUGAUUCGGCUGCACUGAGGAUUGCUGCUUCUUUCUGGCAUGAAGAAUUGGCACCACUUCCGAAGCCCUUGCUUGUUGUCAACAUUGGAGGGCCUACAAGAAACUGUCAGUAUGGUGAAGAUCUUGCAAAGCAAUUGACAGAAAUGUUGCGAAAUGUUCUUUGGAGUUGUGGUAGCCUUAGAAUAUCUUUUUCUAGAAGAACCCCUGAAAAGGUGUCGAAGGUUCUAUUAAAAGAAUUUAGUACGAACCCUAAGGUUUACAUUUGGGAUGGUAGAGGUCCAAAUCCACAUAUGGGGCAUCUAGCUUGGGCUGAUGCUUUUGUUAUCACGGCUGAUUCAGUAAGCAUGUUGAGUGAGGCUUGCAGCACUGGGAAACCUGUCUAUGUCAUAGGAGCUGAACGGUGUAUGUGGAAGUUUGCAGACUUCCAGAAGAGUUUACAUGCAAGGGGAGUGGUUAGACCAUUCACUGGCAAAGAAGAUAUAUCUGAGACCUGGAGCUAUCCUCCACUGAAUGACUCUGCAGACGCUGCGAGUCGGGUGAUGGAGGCAGUUGCCAAGCGUGGAUGGAUUACACGUGUUUGA